GCAGCUAAGCUGCCAUGGUCCAUAGUUCGUAAAGAGCUAACAUCGUGCUUAGAAGUGGCUUGUUUGUAUUCUGAAACCACUCGCGCGAUGGCGUCUGUUAAAUUGUCUGUGCCUACACCGGAACUGUACACCGAUAAUGAGGCCAACUACCAUCGGUUGGUCAAAGCCUUCAAACUUUUCUCUCAGUCGAAGGAAUACGAUGUCUUUCGAUCUGGCUGGAAAUCAUCUGCACCUGCUGCGUGGGAGUUGCGGACUCUGUUCAAGAUCUCCCAGCUCUUGGUUCCGCGUGGUGGGAAGGUAUUCCAUCUACCUGGUAAGAGAAACCCCAGUGAUUAUUAUUCGAGGGGUCUGACAUUGAAGUGCCUCCCCCAAGACGACCCACUGUUGAUAGAGGCAGUCAGCUGUGCUCGUGGCCGUCCUUCCUGUGUGGACGACAAUAAAUUAAGUGACGACUUACCGGCCUUACCAUUAUCGGUUGUUGUUGAUGACGAUUCUGAUACCAUUAAAGCAUUGAAGGAUUACGUCUGUCUUAAGCAGAAGGACGACCCUGAAUUGAGGAGUCUUCUCUGCCCUUCUCCUAAUUCGAAACCGGAUAGUAGGACCCUUCGAAAGUACUCCGUGGUCAUUGGUCCAUCCGGCAGAUCUAAUGAUGGUUAUGUUAUCAAUUCUGUUACCCGUGGUCUAGUUGUACCUCGUGAGUUGAGACGAGAAGUAUGUGAUAGACUUCACUUGUACUUUAUUCAUUUGGGCGCCUAUAAGAUCUACAGGAGUAUCAAGUCGGACUUCGAUGCUGGUCCUCUCUCAGAGUACUUGAAGGCCCAAAAGCGCUGU